UUUACUUUUCCGAACCACACGCAGUUGACAGAUAAUAAACUGCAAUAGAAGAUGCAAUGAUUAAAAAUAUAAUAGUUUAAUGAUAUUAUGUUGUUUACACGAGUUCCUAUUUUUAGUCUACUCUUUUGCGUGAAUCUGAUAAAAAUGUGUAAAAUGUGUAAAUAGGUGAAUAGUGAUAUCUCUAAUGAUAGGCUUAGAAAUAGUUUCAGAUAUGGCAAUACCAAAUCCGAAAUCGAUACCUAACAACAUCUCAGAAGCAGACGACAACUCCCUGAGAUCUUUGAGUUCUGAAGAUGUAUCCCAGGCUCCCAGAGGCUACUGUUGUGCCAAAAGUAUUAAUCCAGCCGACGGCAGAGGACGUAAGCUUCAUCUACUUCAAAUGUUAAUUCUUCCAUUUAUACCUAUACUAGCGUUAAUAAUUCAAACAUCUGUGUUGUUAAAUAAUAUAAUGGUAACAAGAAACGAAGUGAUGGAAAUUAAUAACCAGGUAACUAUAGCCACGGAAUUAGGCAAAGUGGUUACCAGGCUGCAGUUGGAGAGGUCAGAAGUAGCAUUCUAUGUAUAUACUAACGGCUCACUAUUAAGAACUAAUUUAACAAAACGAUUUGAACUGACGGAUGAAGCUUUAAGAAACAUGAGCAGUUGGCCUCCAGUUUCCUUGACCUUCGAAGGCAACAAAAUCCCUUACAUGGACAAAGAAAGCUUUCAAAGGAAUCUAACUAAUUUCAGGCAUACGGUGAUAAGUGAGGAUAGUUCAAUAAAAGACGUUGUCAGUUGGUAUACGUCUUUAAAUGCUGCUCUGCUAGAACAUCUUACACAACAAAUCAAAGAAAAUGACAACAGUGGAGUCUGGAGAUACCUAUUAGCAUUUAAAAAUCUCCUGAAAAGUAUAGAAAGCACUGGAAUUGCGAUGGUUUACGGUGUAAACUACUUUGGACAAGGAAUCUUGCAAUCUCAAAACUAUAUAAACUAUAUAACUCACGACGCCAUAGCCAAAGAUUUGCUCAAUACGUCGCUGAACUAUGUAUCUCAAAUGAAAAGGGAAUACGAGUAUGUGACUAUUAAUAUGGCUAACUAUAGUCACAUUAAACUUAAGAAUGAUAUAAUAAUGAAAAAUACAGUAAGGUUACCAAACUACUCCGAAGCUUUGGCAUAUUUCGACAUGAUGGCGACCUACACAGACGAACUACGGAAAAUUCAAAGGUCCCUUCGAGUUCUUAUACAGGACUAUGUAGACGAAAAUCUCCAAAAUUCUGCAAAUACAGAGGCAAUGGGAAUAGCCAUAUUAGUACUAGUACUAUCUGUUUCGCCGGUAAUCAUCUGGCUCGUACGAAACGCGGUAGCUACUAUACAGUUAUAUGCUGCCAAUUUAGCCAAAAAGGCCAAGGAAUUGAAGAGAGAGAAAAAGAAAAGCGAUUUGUUGCUUUUCCAGAUGCUGCCACCGAUCGUGGCAACUCAACUGAAACAAACCAGACAGGUACCAGCUGAAUAUUAUGCAUCCGUUACAGUCUAUUUCAGUGACAUCGUGGGUUUUACUGAAAUAGCUGCAGUAAGUACACCCCUAGAGGUUGUAACUUUUCUAAAUAAAAUAUACAAGCAGUUUGAUGCCAGGAUAGAAUGCUACGAUGUAUACAAAGUUGAAACCAUAGGUGACUCCUAUAUGGUCGCUUCAGGACUACCAGAAAAAAACGGAAGCAAGCAUAUAUCUGAGAUAGCAAGCAUGGCUUUGGACCUUCUCUCUGGAUCGAGGCAGUUCAAAAUUCCGCACAGAAAAUCCGAAAGGUUACAGAUUAGAUCAGGAGCACACACCGGUCCAGUCGUUGCGGGAAUCGUAGGUUCAAAAAUGCCAAGGUAUUGCCUCUUCGGCGAUACCGUCAAUACAGCCUCUAGGAUGGAAUCCACGGGAGAAGCAUCAAAAAUACACAUAAGUCUGGACAUGAAAAGAGCUUUGGAUUUAAUUGGUGGAUACAAAACCGAACAUAGAGGAUUAGUCGACGUAAAGGGAAAGGGACUAAUGGAUACCUACUGGUUAACUUGUAAGGAAGGAGGCCUAAAUAGAACCGUUGAAAUGGACACACCUUCGUACUUCCCGGAAGAAGACGACGACGUGGAGCCCGUUUUCAUCAAGAGACUGAGGAAUGAAAGUUAUUUUUGAUCUUAGAUAUUUAGUUGUUAGGUUAGGUGUUAAUUUCCAGAUAUGAUUGUUGUUAAAAGUCUUUUGGAAUGUUUUUGACAUAAAGCGAGCGAAAGUAUUAACAAAAUGUACCUACGUUUUAUUUAUUAAUAUGUUAAUUAUGCAUAUAAUAUGAUUGAGUCAUUAAUACCAGAUAAAUUUAGAUUCGAUUAAACAUGAGUUCCUUCUUAUAGGUUUUCCUCUACAUUAUCCAACGUUUGAACUUUUUGAUCAGCUUUUGAUAUCCAUAACUAGUCAGCUCAGAUUAUAAGUUUAACUUAUUUUUGCGGUAAACUUACAGUGUAAUAAUUACAAACAAGAAUCUUAUUGAGUGUAUCUUAAAUAAAAAAAGUGUAUACUAGAUGAAAGGUUUAGUUAAAUCUCAGUUUUAAAUUAUAAAAACGAAAAUAGUUUCUAUGUAAUAUUGUUUUUAUGUAAGUAUGUGUCGUAUCAUACCAAAUGCAAAACAGUGUCGAUGCACGUCAUAUUUUAUUUAUAAGAUUUCACAUUUAGCAUUACUUAGGGAUACCUACUUUUUUUAGCCUUCUGUCCUCUAUUUUUUAAUAUAGACUUCUCCCAACUUCUUCCACCGAUCUUCAUCCUGAGCAACACACAUCCAAUUUGUUUCGCCUAUUUUUUUAGGUCAUCUACCAUCUCAUCUGUGGUCUUCUUCUUGGUCGCCUACCUUUGUAAGGUCUCCUUUUUGUCCACCAAUGUAGCCUGCGAAGCUCCAUUUGAGUUUGGCAAUUUUUGUUGUGAAAUCCUCGACUUUUAUGUCUUACCUAGUCGUUCCUGUUUUCAUGUGACAGCUGUAUACCCAACAGUGCCCUUUCCAUUCCCCAUUCUGUCGUGGGUAGUUUAUUCAUAUUUGCCUCGAAAGGAUGCACUAUCUGAACACUUUCCUCCUGAAGUAUUGGGAAAUUUUGCAGUUCAUGCUAUUCUUGCUCAUCUAGCUUUCAGCACUUUGGUUCUCUUUGUCAAGUUUCAGAAUUUAGCCUAGUAGACGAGGCAACGAAGCAUUAAACCUAGGAAUUUUGUGCAGUAAGAUGAAUCGUCAUGCAACUUUUUGCAUUCGAUUCGAGAG